AUGUCAGAACUUCAAGAUACACACUCUUGUUUUUUGGAUGUUCUCGAAUCCCAGACAUUUAUAUUCGUGUGCAGAUGUUCCACAUGUUCACCUCUUGGCUGUGUGUGUUUCUGCCGAUGUACCGCAGGUUGUUUCGUGGUGUGUUGGACGCCGGGGCUGGUGCUGCUUCUCCUGGACGGUUUGUGUGAGUCCUGCGACGUCCUGACCUACGAGAAGUUCUUCCUGGUGCUGGCCGAGUGCAACUCCUUCAUGAACCCCAUCAUCUACUCCUACCGCGACAAGGACAUGCGCGACACCUUCAAGCGCCUCCUCUGCUUCCCGUGUUUGGGGUCGCAGCAGAAGGGCGAGCACUCGGGUGUGCGCUUCAACACCCUCGAGCAAGAGGUACUCUCAGAGAGCGACGGGACCCAGCACGACAACAGCGUCAAACCGCCGCUCAAGCGCCCGCUUUAGCAGAACUCAGCGCUGACGCUCACGUCAUGCUAG